AUGAAGGAAGAAAAGGCAAGAAAACCAGCUCAACAAGAAAAUAAUGAUGAUGAUGAUGGUCUUCUUAAACAAUUUAUGAUUGUUGUCAUGACGUUGAGAUUAAAAGAAGAAAAGAUGAUUCAAAAUUCAUCUUCACAAAAAAAAAGAAAUAAAAUAAAAACACAACUCACGACGACAUGA